AUCCUAACAAAAAUGGUAGUACUGGUUUUGAGUAUCUGUUGAGAGGCGGUAAUUUUUGAAAAUACUGUGAAAGGAGGGGGUAGUUUUAUGAAGAUGAAGAAGGCGCUUGCGUCGUCGACGAUCGACGGUCGAGUUAGUCGUGCCAUCAGCCAACAGGAGGAGAAUUCGAGAAUUCGAGAACCCGAAAACCGUCGUGAUGGUGGCCGGUCAUUCCGUGGUUUUUAUCAAUUCAAUCAUUUACAAUUGUUUUAUUACUACAAAAUAAAAGAAACUAAAGAAACUUUUAUUAAUUCCCAUGUUAUCAGCAUUAUUUAAGACGUGAUUAUUUCUCAUUUUGUUGGUUGCAUUUGGUUUGUACAUGAUUGUGCCUCUCUCUGUGUGUUGAAACCUUUGAAACUAAUAAUGUACAUCGUGUUGCUCGGCUGCAGGAGUAGCUAAACGAACUCAAUAAUAUGCUAGAGUUACCUUGACUUCGUGGAAAUUCAACAAAAAAUCGUCAAUAGAAGGAAGAAAGAGAGGGAGAUGGCGAAUGUCUAAACCAAUGAUACUUAAUGAUUUUUGCUUUGCUCUCUCAAGUCAUCAUCAAUACACUGGGGUUGUGGAUUCACUCGUUCGUAAGUUGUGUGUGUAGUGCGUGUGGUGAUUCACGCUCUUCUGGCGGCGCCCAACUGUUCGGUUUAGACUGUGUUUUUAGAAUACGGGAAAAGGAAGGACGAGAUGAUGCCGAUUUUCUACGGUAACCAAGAGAAAAACGAAGGCAAAUCUGUCAACAUCAACUGAUCGAUUGAAAAAUCUUUAACAAGUGGAAUUCAAAGUAUGGUCGGGGACAAGAUAAUAUUGAGAUACCAAUGCUCUUGAAAAAUAUACUGAUAAUUGUCUUUAAAGAUUAAGUCCCAGAACGAGGCACUGCUGAUGAACUUGUUGGGCCAACACUUAUAAUUCCGCGUUUAAUUAUAAUAAUCAUUGAUAAGUACUAAUGACAUUGUGAAAAAGGAAGAAGUUUAUAUUGCGUGUCUAGAAGUUGAAACAACGCAGUGAAGAGCCUGACUGCAGACUUCACUAUAAAGAUCAUCAUGUCAGAUGAAGAAGACAAACCACCUGCACCUCCAGUUCGGCUUACUUCCAACAGGGGCGAAUCAGCACCAAAUUUGCCAGUGGAUAUGCGUCCACUACCAAAGGAACCAGACUCGGACGAAAGAAAGAAGAAAAUUUUAAAAGGAAAAAUGAAAGUGAAAGAGAAUAAAGAUAAGCCUAAUAUCAGUUAUCCAACAAAUUUCGAGCACACAGUCCAUGUGGGUUUCGAUGCUGUCACUGGAGAAUUUACGGGAAUGCCGGAAGCAUGGGCAAGACUACUCAUGUCGAGCAAUAUCAGCAAACAGGAGCAGAAAAAAAAUCCCCAGGCAGUGCUGGAUGUUCUGAACUGGUAUGACAGCAGUAGCAAAGAAGCGAAGGGUUCCAAGUACAUGACCACAACAAAAAUGGUUGGAGUCGGUGCUCCUUUAGACCGAGCGAGUAGUCCACGCAGUAUGGGGAUGACCGUAAACAUUGGAAUGGGAAAUAUUCGUGGACAGGCGAUAUCACAGGCCUCUGGUAGUUCGCAUUCGCAGCAGUCAUUGAGUCGAGUUAGCAGUAGUAGUCCAAGUAGUACACCAACAGACGCAUGUGCAACCAGUUCUGAACAGGAAGAUGACCCACCACCCCCGCCGAUUUCUGCAAGGCCUGAUCGCACGAAAUCAAUUUACACCAAACCAAUUGAAGAAGAAACAUUACCACCGCCACACUCCACGUCUCUGGGUUCACCUCAGCGAAAUGGGACUCCUCAACCACAACAUCAGUCGCUUGACAGAAAUAAAAAUCAAGCGAGUCCAACACCAACCGCGACUGAUCAAUCGAGGCCGGCUCAAAGUGAUAGGGCUCGCAAGAAAAAAAUGUCCGAUGAUGAGAUAUUGGAAAAACUCAGGACAAUAGUUAGUGUUGGUGAUCCAAACAGAAAGUACAAUAAGAUGGAGAAAAUUGGUCAAGGGGCUUCCGGUACUGUCUACACGGCGAUUGAAACUUCAACAGGCAUGGAAGUGGCAAUAAAACAGAUGAAUCUUUCGCAACAACCAAAGAAGGAAUUGAUUAUAAAUGAAAUUCUAGUUAUGCGGGAGAAUAAACAUCCAAAUGUGGUUAAUUAUUUGGACAGUUACCUCGUUGGUGAAGAACUCUGGGUAGUAAUGGAGUACCUUCCUGGCGGUAGUUUAACAGAUGUUGUGACUGAAACCUGUAUGGAUGAAGGACAAAUAGCAGCGGUAUGCCGUGAAGUUUUACAAGCACUUGAGUUUUUACACUGUAAUCAAGUUAUACAUAGGGAUAUUAAGUCUGAUAAUAUAUUACUGGGAUUGGAUGGUGGUGUUAAGUUAACCGAUUUUGGAUUUUGCGCACAAAUAUCGCCAGAACAAAGUAAAAGAACUACGAUGGUGGGUACACCGUACUGGAUGGCACCGGAAGUUGUUACGAGAAAACAAUAUGGACCCAAAGUGGACAUUUGGUCACUGGGUAUCAUGGCAAUAGAAAUGAUCGAGGGUGAGCCCCCGUAUCUCAAUGAAAAUCCCCUUCGAGCACUGUACCUGAUCGCAACGAACGGAAAACCCGAAAUCAAAGAGAAAGAAAAGCUUUCUCCAAUUUUUCAGGACUUUUUGGAUCAGUGCUUGGAGGUCGAAGUUGAGAAGCGCUCAGGAGCUUCUGAAUUAUUAAAGCAUCCUUUCCUGAAAUUUUCAAAGCCUUUAGCGUCUCUGACACCUUUGAUAAUGGCAGCUAAAGAGGCCGCCAAGGGUCACUAAAUUCUUCACAUCGACUCCAGAUACAGAAAAACAGCAUGAAAAGAACAAUUGGGAAAAAGUAUUCAGAAGAUAUGAGGAUAUCGACCCUCCCAAAUUGGUAACGGCACAAUAAUUCAGUAAUAUAUAAUAUUUAAUAAGUAUAAAUAGAAUAUGUAUAGGUACUAAUUAGUUAGAAUUUGUUUACUAUCAAUUGAUUUAUUAUUUGACGAGUUAUAAUAAAAUCGGCCCGUUUUAACUGGGAGUAUUUAAUGUUAAAAUCUAUGAGAUCAAGAAUAAUCUGGCAUAUUAUUGGAUGAAAUUCAUCUGCAAGUUAAUUUUUAUUUGUAGAAUAAAUCGAAAUUUCCAAUGAAUUUAAUGAAUCCAACGCCAGCUAUUUUAUAAAUACGGUGAAUUAGUAUUACUAACUCAAUUUGACAAUGAGUUAGCUGACUAUUGAUGAAAGAAAUGAGACACAUUACCUACAGCAAAACCCUUUUUAGAUAAUGCGAUAAGCAAAUAAGAAUGACUAGUAAUUAAUGAGGUAACACUUAUUCUAAUAAUAUUAUUUCAGCGGAAAAGUUACUGAACAAAAAGUUAUGAGGUAAAAAUAAAAUUGGCCUCUAUGUGGGAUUUAUAUUUUUUGAAACGUAAAAAUUGAACUAGGAAAGAUAAUUAAUAACUGAAAACAUGAACACGGUUAAUUAUUAUUUUUGGCAUUGCUGCUGUGCUCAUCUCGUGCCGAAAUGUGCUUUUUUUACCUGUGAAAUUGAAAACGCACAGUUCAAUACUUGCUGAACGUAACAUCGCUGACAAAAAAAUAUUGUUCCACACAUGUACGAUGGGUUUUUUCAGUCUAUGUGAUUGGCUAACCUCGGCUGCGUCCGGGCCGCUCAGUUGAUAUCCCUGACAACGUAACGGAUUUAUAUCGAAAAAUACUAUUUUCAUCGGUCUUGUAGAUUCACAAGCAGCCUUUAUUAGUUUUUUCACAGAGGUUUUAAAAUUUGACCUAUUUUGUCUUGGGAGAAAAAGGAAUGAAUGAAACCAUCAUUACAUAAACGGCGUUUUCCAUGAAAUUUUUUUUUUUUUUAAUUUACUUGGCAUACCACAUUCUCUUUUACAGUAUGUAUAAACAGAUAUUAACCUGUCUGCAGUCGCGCAAAAUCACUAGUUUGCUAUUCUUUUUGUUUGCUUUCUCUUAUAUCGGGAUAUACUUAUCACGAUAUAAGAGAAAGGAAACAAAAAAAUAUAAAAUAAGAGAACGGAAAUUAACGAUAACGAUUUUUAUUUUUAAUUAAGUAAGCUUGAUGAGUUAUUCAAUUAAAGAAAAUGUAUUCAAUUAGUCAUGAUUUUUGGAUGUGUUUUCUAUGCCAUGACUAUUGUGGCACAGAAAAUUGUAACGCUGCAGCGCGACCCUUUGCGGGUUAACAAAAUUGAGAUAUCGAUUUGACCAAGAGCAUUCAAAGAGCAUUUAACUUGACUCAUUUUUUGUUAGGUAUAUUAAACCCAGGACUGAAACUUUAAGAGUUUUGAAAUUCAGUGUAUAAUUUUUUGAGCAGCUGUGCUGGAAUUGGAAACACCUAUUUUCUCAUUUUCAUCCCAGAAAAAAAGGAGAGAAAUUUUUGUUAAAAUUUAGCGGAUGUUUUGUUAAAUAUGUUUCUCUGUGAGCAAAAAAUUCACGGAACUAUUGUUUCCCGUAACUCUUGCCUCAUUUGUGUGUCAAAAUGACAAUACCGCGUCAUUUAGAUUUGCUGAAUGAAAUUCAUAAUCGGUAAGCCAAUUUAAGCUCUGCAUCUUUUAUUAAAUAUCUCUGUAUAUACGACGCUCAUAUGGAAAAUUACGCGGUACAGUAGAGUUCCCUUAGUUUGCCGGCUUCGGUACUUAAUCUUGAAGCGAUUUCCUUGGAAAGGGUCUAGCCAGGUAGGCUGGUGUAUCUGCCCCCAGCGAAUUUCAAGGCGCCUUUUUUUUCAUAUAUGUAUCACGUAAAAAGAUAAUUCUGUGGAAAAUUUCAGAUGUUUGUCUUGAUGCUCUGAUUUUUAAUGAUU